GAUACCAAAAUGUGCUAUCACUACUCUAUACUAAUAAGUAACCUAUUCCUAUGACAACAACCAAAUCUUAUAAUAGAAGGGAAAUUAAAUAAAUCAGAAAUGUGAGAUAUUUCGUCUAUAAUUAUAAGAAAUCUUCUGUGUUAUACAAAACCAUGCUAAUUAAUUAGGUCAAAAAGACACAAUACCUAAUAAGUUGACAGAAAAAAAAAAACAUAAUUAUGAUCGUCUUCUCGUCUAAAUCUUGGUAGGACCACACGCAACAUUUAUUUUGGUUGGAAAGGACCAAACCUAUCUGUCAAUGAGAAUUUUCAGUUUAUAUAUGGGGACAAGAAAAACAAAUGCACUAUAUAUAGAGGACCAAAACGGAGAAGCCAUCACAUCACAUCAAAUAAAAACAAGUGUACUUACAAACUUUGUGGAGAAAUGAAGACAACUUCUUCAUUGGUCGUUAUCUUCCUCCUCAUACUGAUCUUGCAAACUAACAAACUAGUGAGUGGGCAUGACCGUUCCACUGAUCAAGACACGGUCAAGAACAAUAACAAUGAUGAUAACAACACAACCACUGAAGUAGUUCUCAAGGACAAGAAAAGAAGUUAUAGUGGAGGAAGCGGAAGCUACAGAUGGGGAUGGGGUGGUGGCGGCGGAGGAGGAGGAGGAGGAGGAGGAGGCGGUGGUGGUGGAAGAGGAGGAGGUGGUGGUGGUGGUGGAGGAGGAUGGGGAUGGGGAGGAGGAGGAGGUGGUGGAGGAUGGUACAAAUGGGGUUGUGGCGGCGGAGGAAAAGGAAAAGGAAGAGAAGGAAGAGGAGAGUUUGUGAAAAGAGAAUAUGCAGAGUGCAAAGGAAGAGGAAAAUGUAGAGGAAAGAGAUUGGAAUGUCCUCAACAUUGUGGAGGUUUUUGUUUUUACGAUUGUCUAUUUCUCUGCAAACCUCAUUGCCGUCGCUAGAGAGAUAGAUCUUUUUGUCAAUUCAUCAUACAUUCUCUUUUUCUUGGUUCUGUUUGGGUUGUUUUUUUUUUUGGUUUGUUUGGUUUAUGUGUUUUUUGGGUUCAAUUCAUCAUACAUUCUCUUUCUCUGUACCCUUGUUUCUUAGGGUUUUCUUUCUAACAAAUAUUUUGGGGCUUCUGGGGUGAUGGAAAAAAUAGCCAUUAUAUUAGGAUCCCAUCUAGUUUUUGUUUUGUUUUUUGAGUUCUAUAAUGAACUAAAAGUUCAUAAAAGAAUUCCCAUAUGAGAUUUUUCUUUUGCCUUUCAAUCUCCAAUGUAAAAGAUAGCUUUUCUGUGCUUUCUAUAAUGAACAUCUUUUGAAAAAA